AACAAUCCCUUCAACUUCUGGCUACCACACAAUAACCAUGACUGGUGCAGUUGAUAAUAGGGAUCAAAAUGUCGAAACAAAUGCAAUUAUUAAUGUGCAUACUGGUAGAUCAACCGAGACCUCCACAAAACAACAACUUGCUAUUUGGGCUAUCGAAAACCACAUUUCCCAAUCUGCUGUAAAUAAACUUUUAGCAAUUUUAAAGCCUCGCAUUCCUGAAUUACCAAACGAUGGUCGAACAUUACUGCGGACACCAAGACCAGGAUUUUUCAAAUUUGAAGAUGUUCCUCCUGGUAAAUACGUGCAUUUUGGUGUUAAAUCGGGUAUCUUACACACACUUAAAAGGCAUGGUGUAUCUGUACUUAAUAUGGACUUACAAUUAAAAUUAAAUAUAGAUGGAUUGCCAUUAAGUAAAAGCUCCACAGUGCAAUUUUGGCUAAUUUUGGUGUCGAUUAUAAAUGUUGAAUUUAAUGAACCUAUAAUAGUAGGAGUUUAUUGCGGCAAAAAGAAACCAGAGUCCUGUAACCUCUUUUUACAAUAUUUUGUGAAAGAAAUGAAGUUGUUGAAGGAAACUGGAAUUUCAGAGGGAGAUAUAAAGGCUACAAUUGCAGUUAGUAUAAUUAUUUGUGAUGCACCUGCAAAAGCACUGAUAUUAAAUGUGAAAGGGCACAACGCAUAUUUUGGUUGCAAUAAAUGCCACGUGGAAGGCAGUUUUAUUAAGAAUCGUAUGACAUAUCAGUGUGUAGAUGCGAAGCUACGUACAGACCAAGAAUUUGAAAAUAAGGUGGAUGAAGAUUAUCAUAAGGGAGAUACUAUAUUAAAAGAGUUACAUAUUGGAUUAGUGACACAAGUGGGUUUAGAUUAUAUGCAUCUUGUUUGUAUUGGCGUUUUAAAACGGGUACUUAAAUUUUACGUAUAUGGACCUUUUUUAAUGUACGCCUUAAACAGGCCGAAUUGAGUUUAAUAGACGUACAUAUUGAAUCUAUAAAACAAUAUGUUCCAGUGGAGUUUUCAAGGCUACCUAGGUCAUUACAAGAGCUUGAUUUUUGGAAAGCUACUGAACUGCGUUUUUUUCUGUUGUACACUGGAACAUCCAUUUUAAAGCCUUAUUUAAGAAAAUCACAGCUGAAACACUUUAUGGCUUUGCAUAUUGCCAUGCGAAUCUUGGCAUCACCAAAAAUGGCACACCAGGAUUAUGAUUAUCCACAAAGCUUACUAAUUUUUUUCGUAGAAAAUUAUAAACAUUUUUUUGGUGAAGAACACAUUACAUAUAAUGUGCAUAAUCUUAUCCAUUUAGUAGACGAUGUAAAGAAAUUUGGUUGUGUGGAUCAUUUCAGCGCCUUUCCAUUUGAGAAUUAUUUGCAUGAAAUUAAAAACGUAAUGAAAAUUUCUGGUAAACCCUUACAACAGAUUUCCAAUAGGGUAUUUGAACAAAGACAAAAUUUCACACCUGUAACAAAAAUUAUUUACCCAUAUCUAUUGCAUUCUGAAAAAAACGAUAUCCUGUUUAUGGAGAAAGAUAUACAACUGGAUACUAGUUUAAGAAACAAUUGUGUGUUAUUGAGAUCCAAUGAAAUACUGCAAAUCACUAAUAUUAUAAGUUCAACAGUGAUCAAGGGACGAAAAAUAAAAAAUUCUGAAAUUGACAACCUGUAUCCUAGUAUCUUAAAGAUACGUACAAUUGAAUGUAAUUAUAUGUUAGAUGUAGAAGAAACAUUUUCGUAUAAAGAUGUGGCUUGCAAGUGCAUUAAAGUUCCUUCUCAUGAUGGAAAUUUUUUUCAAGUGUUACCUUUGUUGCACCAGAUGUAAAGUUAAAAAAUUUAAAUAGUUAUGCAAUUGUAUAUGACUUACCAGUAUCGGAUGAUGGAGAGCAAUAUACAAUUGUUUUGAAAAAAUGGCUUCAUGAAAAGGAGACUAUAACUUACUUAAGCCAUCCUACAAGCAAGGAGUACCAAAAAUCGUUACGGCUUAAAAGAAAUCCCGAUAAGUUAUGGAGUGUAACAGCGGUACAGGUCGUGGGAUACUAUGAUACUUAUGAACAGGCCAAGGCAAAAGAAACCAAAUUAUUGCAAUAUAAAUCUUCAUCUGAAGUGGAAGAAAAUGUGACACACAGAAACAAUAAGGCUCUAAGGGAACUCUGCACUAGUAGAAGGGACAGUGAUUUCCAUUACGAAGAGGACCAAGAUUCGUUAUCACCAUUACCUCUUCCAAAUCAGAAUAAGUUGGAUGAGGCGGGUAUAUCAUUAGAGGAUGUACCUGUAGUCAUAAUUCCGCCUCAUGAAGAGAUCCAAGUGCCGAAGUUGACUCUCCCGCAUCAUCAGCAGAUAGUAUGGUAUCGAACCAAGCAGUGUUCAACUUACUUCGAAGCAUCAAUGAUCAAUUGGUAAAGUGUGAUUUAUUAUUGCAAAGUCACACAGAUAAAUUAAAUGGUAUAGAAAAAAAAUUAAACAUUUUACCAUUCCAACAAGAUAUUCCAGUUUUAUCCAUCGAACUUCCCCUUAAAACAGUUGAAGAAUUGGAACAUUUUGAAGAAACUUUAAAAGACGAGACCCAAUUGGCAGCAUUGAAACAUAUUUUGAAGCGCCUCGUCGAAUCUACGGAGCGGAGUUCUGUUUUUAAAAUGCUUUCUAAAAUGUUCGAUUUUGAACUGGCAACAAUUUGUUCCUGGAAGGGUCGAAAACAAAAUUAUAGAACUGAAAACCUUGCACUGAUUAAAAUUCUGAUUGAAACAGUUCAUGAUUCUUUCCCUUACGCAAAGGAUGGUGUGAUCGAGCAUGCAGGCAUUGACUGGUUUCGAGCUGCUCAACAGCGAUUUGCAAGAAGGAAGAAUACACUGCAGUGAUUUUACAAGUGUAAUCAAUGCAGUCACAUGGGAU